AUGGGUGCAUUCUCGCCAAUUGUGGCCACUUAUGGUAGUCGUGUGGAACAGCUGUUGGAAACACCUCAAGAUUUCCAGAGAUAUCAUGAAAAGUUAAAUCGGAAGUUGCAGAAGUUGAGACAUAGAUGCCAAUUGGUAAACAAGAAUACGAAGAAAUAUUCAGCCAAUGAGAAAUAUGACAAGAUUACGAGUGCAGAUUAUGAUAAGAAGAGUAAACUAUACGGUGUAUUAGUUUUGUUACAUGCAGAAAGGGAUCUAGCUCUCUCUGAGAUGUUAAAACUAAGAGCACGUCAAAGAGGAAGAUUCAAGAGUAACGAGAAGAAGGUUGUGGGCACCCGGUUGAAGAAAGCAGUGAAAACCAGCCAAAACUUGGUUGAAUUGACUAUAAAUGAGAAACUAUGGAUCACGAGAGCGCAAUAUAUCAUAUACGCAAGAUUGGCGCAAGCGGAAUAUCUGCUUAAUGGAAAAUUCUCCAAGGACAAAGAGAGUGGAAAGAUCGCUCGCAAUUUGGCUGUUUGUUUCGCUGCACUUUCUCACUUGUGUAAGUCAGAUGCCUUGCCUGAGACUGUCUAUGAGUUCUUGCAGUCUAAGUAUGAUUACUCGUUGAAACAACACGCUGGCAAGAUCAUAUCAGCUUCUGAUUUACAAAAUUUUAUUGUUACACAAGUCAGAGCUGCGGAGCAAGAAGACGAUGAACUGGCCAAAUUGAUUUUGGCAAAUGGCUUUAAGGCAGAGUUACCAGAUAUCGAAAUGGAGAAAGGUGUUUCUAUCAAGAAGAUCGAAUACAGAGCAUUCAUUGCUCAGGUGAAUGACCCUCAAGUUGAGCAAUUAAUCAACGAAGCAGAGAACAUCCAAGCAACGUCUCCAGCCCAGUUCAGUGAAAGACUACUUAAAUGGCAACAGGCUCUAGAGAAGCAAGAAAUUCGUACGUCGUAUCACGAGGAAGGAGAUGAUGAAGAGGAGGGCAUCAAUUCACAUGAGAAUGACCAAAUUCUUCUAGUAUACAUCAAGUUCAACGUUCUAUUCGCCUCUAUAUUGCGCGACGAUAACUUGGCUGGUUUUUCUUUUAGCCAAUUUGAAAGGUCCACUAAAAAUAUCUUAAAAUCAUUGAGGGAGGUGAUGGAAUUACCAGGUGUAUAUUCAGACGAUGAACUAUUGGCACAACUACAACUAUGCCAAGCAUACUAUGAGGCCAAGAUAUCUUUCCGUCUGGCCUACGUACACGCGGAGAAAUAUCACUAUAGAAACUCAUUGGCACUGUAUCUUCACUCUCUCGAGAUAUUGGACAAUGCUGUUGCUAAUGCUGGCGAAGUGAGUGAGUACUCUCUCCCCGGUGAUCUAUUGACCAAAACUACGAUAGAAAACUUACGCAACAACAUAAUGCAGAAACUCAAAGAAGUGAUGGCUCUUGCAGAAUACGAAAAAUCUGUCGCUGACGUUUUCCGCAGCCCUUAUGAUCCAUCGGUAAUCGAGCAAUUAGGAUCGGGACCUAUUGAGCCUGCAAGGAUCAGAUUGGAUAAUCUUUUCCCUCUGAGACCAAAGAUGAGGCCUGUUCAAAGCAAACCGUCACUCUUCGAUCUGGCUUUUAACUACAUUGAUUACGAAAGUGAAAGUGCGCCAUCAAAUGACUACGAUAAUGAAUCAAAGCCAGUCCAGGACGCCGAAGUGGAACAAGAUCAAGAACCUACCAAGAAACGUGGAUUCUUAGGGCUUUUUGGCCGUUAA